UCUAGCUUCUGAAAUCCUUCUCUCUCUCUCUCUCUCUCUCUCUCUUGGCCAUGAUAUCAACCUUUGUGGAGCCAUUGGUGGUGGGGAGAGUGAUAGGGGAGGUGGUGGAUCUCUUCGUUCCCACAGUCUCUAUGUCUGUAAAUUAUGGUCCGAAGCAUAUUAACAAUGGCUGUGCUGUGAAGCCAUCCAUGGCCGCCAACCCACCCGCACUCUACAUCUCUGGAAAUAUCUCUGAACUCUAUACCUUGGUUAUGACAGAUCCGGAUGCACCCAGUCCAAGUGAGCCCAUAAUGAGGGAGUUUAUACACUGGUUGGUGGUCAAUAUUCCCGGUGGGACUGAUCCUUCCAAAGGGGAAGAAAUUGUUCCAUACAUGUCACCUCGGCCACCCUACGUAUUCAUCCUCUUCCAGCAAAAGAAGAGAAUAGAAGAAAUGAGUCCCUUCACCAGCCGCACCAAUUUCAAGACACGGCUGUUCGCCGCCGAACAUGAACUCGGCCUGCCCGUCGCCACCGUUUAUUUCAAUUGCCAGAGAGAGCCCAACAGCCGCCGCCACCGCUAGCCUUACAUGCUGCCACAUUGAUGUAUAUCCGUAAAUUAAUUAUUAGUUCCAUACAUAAUUAUUUAUUAAUGUAAAGGGACUGAUUAGCUUCUAUUUCAUUUCAACAGUUCUUCUGUUUCUAUAUUAUGCUGUGUAAGAAUGAUUUAGUGUG